GCAAAUCACAUAUGCCUAUAGAUUCGUUAGCGACCUCCAAGCACCAAAGUUCCAAGUUGAGCAACAUGCCUGAUGCCGAUUCCAGUCCCCUCUCGAUCUCCCUCGAAAGCAGGUAAGCCUGCUGCACGUCCGGAUUUGUCGAUCAGAAAUGUCCCAAACAGACUGCCACAGCCAGUGAAUACAAACCAGGCUCCAGCAAAGCUAGCACGAGAAAGCUCGAAAGCUCACUAUGGCAAUGGCACGCGAGAAAGCGACUCGCCGGAGACACCUGAGACUUCCAGGCCUACAAGUGCCGCAAGCAAGGCUUCCUCAAUCGAGCCUCGUUCAAAGCUAGCCCGCUCAGCGUCCAAAAGGGUCCAACACAACGCGAAUAGCAAUGGCACGCGAGAGACUGCUGAGCAAGCGACGCGACCUGGAGUCUCUGCGGGUACGAGAGCGAUAAGUAAGCAACCAACAACCCACUUCAGAAGUCACUCGACCACGACCACGACCAACAACUCCCGAAAAAUCGGAGUCAAGGCUUCAACUUCUACCUCCGCGACACCAGCCUUAGGAUUGGCCAUCCCUCACUCAGCAGCUACGAAUGCCACCGAGGCGGCAUCAACCAGAUCACUCUCUCGCACGCAGAGCAGCUCAAUAGCCAGACCAAAGCCCGAAAGGGGCGGUCCGACUUCGGGUCACCCUCAUAUUUCAGGGCUGGCAAGGCCAAAAGCAAAGCCCGCGGUAUCUACUACUGCGUCUGCAUCUCGAAGCGCUACCCCAUCUUCGGCAUCGUCCACCACGCCGUCGUUCGCAAAGCCCGACUUCAACACGUACAAGCAGCACUUCAGUCCGAAAAAGGGACCAGUCAUUCGGCACCAUUCAACGGUUACAAAACCCGAGAUACACCCUCCAAGCCUGCGUCAAGACAUCAUACCCGCCAAUGGGUCUUCCGGAGACAUUACCCGUCUUCGCGACGAACUCUUGCAACUAACCCUGCUUCAUGACAAAGCUGCCUCGACACUCCGCAAUUACCAAGACAGCGUCGAUGUUCAAAUAAGGGACGGCCGUGAAGAUGUUGAAACGCGACUGACCACUUUGACCGCCCUGGAACGUGCCCUACAAAUCAAAGUUAAUGCAUACGCACUUAAAGGGUGGCUAGAGGGUACAAGUGCAGGCGAGGGAAAGGGAGCUUCGUCAUCAACUCCACGCCAGGCAGAGAGUGAGCACCCAUGCGGGACGGUCAGCAAAACUCACGACGGGCUACUUAUUUUGGCGCACGUUGCGAACGAGUUAACCAAUGUGGUACGCGAAGAUGGAGCCCUGGACAGUGUAACGGAGGAAUUCGAUCGAUGGCGGUUAUCUGCUAUGUCCAUGUCUGAAACUUCGAAGGGCGAUGGCAAUGAACCGGGAAACGAGGUCCAUUUCUUAACACCGUUAGACCCAUCAUGGGCAGCUACGCUUUCAUCAAUCGAAAGCCGAGUGCAAGCCUGCAGGGACUUGCUAGCCGAUCUUCUGGCGCCAUUGACCGACGAUGAGCUUGAAUCUUGUAUUGGCGUGUUGAUCAAAAGGCUGUUCCAACUUGCGGAACAAGUAUUGCAAGAGAUCGGGAUCUGCAGGGUCGUGGAAGGCCUGAUCCUACAGCGGAAACAAGAAUUGGUGUCGAAAGCACUUACAAAGGCUCUUUCCGUGGCCGACGCCGAGACGCUGCAUGAGCGUUCUGUUGGCUUUGCGCGUGACCGGGAAAGGAAAGGUAUUUGGGAGAUUCUUGAGGACGAUUGAAAGUACGACGUAGUCUAGGAAGAGCACAUUCCGAGUCGACUUGCGGACUUUUCAUCCUUGUUGACGCUUGUAAUGGUAAUGGUAAUGCAAGUCACCCAUAUACUGUGCACAAUAGUGCGAGCUUCUCGGCAGGAAUUGCACUGUUGGGGCCGGAAACAGCGACCAGAGCUCCAGGCUCUCCUCGAUAAGAUUGCCACAGGGGGCAAGUCCUCCUGAGGAGUUGUAGCUGGAGACACAAAAGAACAAGUGUACUUCCCAGUCAACUGCCAACCAUUGCUAUUUUACAAAAGCAUUAGUGAUCAUAUGGAGAGUGGCCGGUGUGAGAGGGAUGGAAGGUUGGGAUAAUGUAAUUUUUAC